AUGAUGCCCAGGAAGGCCCGUGCGGCCUACUCGCUGCUGCUGCUGCUGCUGCUGCUGCUGCUGCUGCUUCAGCCAGAAUCUAUUGCUGCAUUUCACGUACUCAGAGCCACCAGCCCUCUGUCUGCGCCACAGGCAGCAACAGCAACAGCAGGUGCAGCAGCAGCAGCAGCAGCAGCAGCAGCAGCAAACCAGCGGCGCCUCUGCAGAUGGGCUGCCAACAGACAGGGCACCUACAGCAGCAGCAGCAGCAGCAGCAGCAGCAGCAGCAGCAGCAGCAGCAGCAGCGCAUCAAGCCUCUCCGGCAGCAGCAGUGCUGAGUUUUCCACCCGUAUCGCUCCCAGCAGCGACAGCAGCGGCAGCAGCGACAGCAGCAACAGCAGCAGCAGCAGCAGCAGCAACAGCAGCAACAGCAGCAGCAGCAGCAGCAGCAGACGCUUGGUGGUGAUAGACUGGAGCGACAGAGUGGUGCCUUAUGAAAUAGUCUGGGCGGCGCAGCACGCGUUGCUGCAGCUGCAGCUGCUGCAGCUCGAUGCAAAGCCCCAGGCUCAGCAGCAGCAGCAGCAGCAGCAGCAGCAGCAGCAGCAGCAGCAGCAGCAGCUGGAGUUGCUGCCUGGCUUGGCGCCGCGUGUCUGCGGCAGCACUGCAUGCGACUUUGCUGUUUUGGUGCAGCACCCAGCUGUCUAUACACUUGGGCAGGGAGCAGACAUUUCCUUUGUCAGAAAUGUUUUGCUGCUGCAGCAGCAGCAGAAGCAGCAGCAGCAGCAGCAACAACAACAACAGCAGCAGCAGCAGCUGCAGGUGCCGCAGCUGCAGCUGCCGCAGCAGCUGCAGGAGCUCUUGCAGACACGGGAAGGCAUAUCCAAAGCCAUGCAGCUGAUAGAUGCUGCUGCCGCUGCUGCUGCUCCUGCUGCUGCUGCUGCAGCCAGGAAGGAAGCAGAAGCCGACGCAGCAGCAGCAGCAGCAGCAGCAGCAGCAGCAACAGCACCGCCACCACUCGCCACCGCCGCAUCCCAGCCAUCCCCAGCAGCAGCACCGCCACCCCCGCCACCCCCACCAUCCGCAGCAGCAGCACCAGCAGCAGCACCAGCAGCAGCAGCAGCAGCAGCAGCAGCAGCAGCAGCAGCAGUUCACCGGGUGGAGCGGGGCGGCGAAGUGACCUGGCACGGGCCUGGGCAGCUGCUGCUGUAUCCGCUCUUCGACCUGCGGAGACACCGCGCGGAUGUGCGGGCCUUCAUCAGCAGCCUCGAAGCAGCAGCAGCAGCAGCACUCCGCAGUCUCUGGCUGCAGCAGCAGCAGCAGCAGCAGCAGCAGCAACAAGGGCAGCAGCGGCAGCAGCAGGCGCAGGGGGCCUCCCUGCUGCUGCCGGCGCAACACGGAGGAAGGCAAGGGCCGCAACAGCCAGGGGGGAUCCAGCAUGCGGUGCAGCAGCAACCGCAGCAGCAGCAGCAGCAGCAACAGCAGCAGCAGCAGCAGCAGCAGCAGCAGCAGCAGCAGGACGAUAUGGAGUAUUUGUGCGAGCCGGAGCUGCUGCUGCGCAGACACGCGGGGAUGCCGGGUGUAUGGGCAGGAGGCGCAGCAGCGCCAGCAGCAGCAGGCGCAGCAGCACCAGCAGCAGCAGCAGCAGCAGCAGCAGCAGCAGCAGCAGCAGCAGCAGCAAAAAUAGCAGCAGUGGGAGUGCGGCUGCGGCGGUGGGUCAGCUUCCACGGCCUGGCCAUUAACAUUUCGAACUCCGACAAAUAUUUCAAAUUAAUUAUUCCUUGCGGCCUCAGAAGCAAAAGGACCACCAACGCCAGGCAGUGGCUGCUGCUGCUGCAGCAGCAGCAGCAACAGCAGCAGCAGCAGCAGCAGCAGCAGCAGCAGCAGCAGCAAGAGGCGCGGCCGAAGCAGCGAGAGACGCCGCUGAAGCAGCAAGACACGCAGCUGCAGCAGCAGGGGCCGAAACAGGAGCCCGAGCAAGGGCAGCAGCAGCAGCAGCAGCAACAGCAGCAGCAGCAGCAACAGCAGCAGCAGCAGCAGCAGCAGCAGCAGCAGCAGCUGGUGGGGGACCCGUUCGACCCUCUGAUUUCAGCAGCAGCAAAAAGCCUCAUCGAGUCGCUUCGCCUUUCCUUCAACUUCUCCCAAGUCCAAAUCGCCAAAGACAUGCACACCGCGCUCCAGCUAGCCACAGCUAGCUGCAGCUAG